AUGACCCCCGACGAUAUUGAAGACCUUUUCAGGCGCACAGAUGGCAUCGUCCUGGCCGGCACUGCCGACGGCGAGGAGGAGCCGACCCUCACCGAAGAGGAAAGGCAGUACCGCAUCGCCCACCUGAGGGCCGUCCUACUUGAGGCGCAUAAUGCUUGGGUCAGCGGGUCCGAGGAUCUCGACCGCAUCGCAGAAAAGCUGGGCGAUGGGAGUCGACACCCCCUCUGGCGGUCACCAAUAGGUGCAUCGGGCAUCUUGAAUUUCUUUCUAGGCAUCCUCCCUACCCCUGGCCUAAGACCUCUUCUCAGGUCGCAUGCUCUUCGUCUAAUCGGAAACUCGUGCGCGGACACAGAUGAGAAUAGAGCCCGCGUGGUGGACAGCGGCCGGAUCCAUGCCAUCAUAGAACUGCUUUACGAUGAUUCUCUUCUCCCUUUCGUGAUACCCGUCUUAUAUAAUGUCUUGGUCGACUAUGAGCCAGUCCAAUUACAGGCAUGCGAGGCUGGGCUCAGCCAGAGGCUCAUGGAGAUCCUUGGCGGCCCCCGGCUGGAAGCAUGUCGUCUCUACGUCAACCUCAUUUGCAAGAUUCUGGCCCUCUUGAUAACACAAGAACCCGAAAUCCGUAACGGGCCCCCUGCAACACCCCUCAUCCUCCUGUCUGUCGCCACGAACCGCCAGCACCCGGUCGACCUAGAAGACUUCAGCGGCCUUGCCUCGGUGGCCCUAGCCUACCUCACUCACGAAUCCUUCCAAACAUACAUCCUCGCUGGUCUCCCGCUGCUCCUUACCGCCUUCUCCAUGUCUUACACGCACUUCGACCCCGGCCAGGCCCCAGAUCCAGACGACGCCGCCCAGCUCCGUCAGGUCCGUAACGCUUUUGUUCCCGUGUUAGCCGACAUCUCGGCCCUGCCAGACUUCAUACCUGGUUCAGCCCAGGGCGGCGCGGGCAUACUGUCGCACCCCGUCUUUCAGACACUUCAGAGUUGGCUCCACGGCCCACCGGCGCACGCAAACCUACAGACCGCGUCUUGCCUGGCGCUGGGGAAUCUAGCGAGGAGUGACGCCACGUGCGUGACCUUGGUCCGCGAUGCGCAGAUACACCAGCCGCUUCUCGGCCUGCUCGCUCGUUGCAUAGGCGGAGAGGCGCCACCCAACGCGCAGCUCACGCACGCGGUGCUCUCGUUCCUCAAGAACCUCGCCAUCCCCGCGGUUAACAAGCCACAGCUGGGCCGGCUCCUAGAGCCCAAUAUGCUGCCCAAGCUCUGGUCAACGUCGGGCGAUAGCCAGCCGCAGACCCAGUUCGCAGCCGUGUCUCUCGCCCGGCUGCUGCUCGUCGGCUGCCCGCCCAACGUCCGGCGCCUUUGUGCCCCGCUCAGCCCCGACCCAGACUCUCCGGCCCACGACAGGAGCAACCUUCACGUGCUCACCGCGCUAUUCGAGCGCAGCGACGCCGAGCCGACCAAGAUGGAGGUCGCGAGGGCGGUCGCCACCGUCUGCCGCAUCCUUCACUCGACGCCCGUGUCCCCUGUGCUGCCCGACGACGUGCCCAGUACGGCGGCCACCCACAGUACCAAGCGCGUGAAGCGCGAGAGCGCCUCUACCCGCCGCGCGCGCUUCUACAACGCCCACGACCUCGCCCUACCGCUGUCCUUUCUCAUCAAGCAGACGCGUUUUCCCGCACUGCGGUCCGAGGCGUGGUUCGUGCUCGCCCUCAUGUGUCGCGCCCCCGACGGCGCCCGUGUCGUCCAGACUGCCCUGCAGAGCUUCGAGGCCUGCCGCGCCCUCGUCGAGAGCGUCACGGGGCGCGACAUGGCCGACGGGCACGACCUGCUGCUCGCAGCCAGCUCCUCGCCACCAGCCGAGGGGCAGGAGGACGGUCUCGGUCUCGGCUCCCUGGAGCCACAGCAGGUCGACGCGGCCACACAGGCCAACAUGGCGCGCAUCGACCGCGAGAAUGGCCUCUGCAUGGUCGCCGAGCUGCUCAAGAACCACUCACAUGACCUGCUUCCCCUGCGCAAGAACAUCUACGAGCAACUGCUCCUGACAGGCGGGGAGCUGGUC